UGAAAGUGAAUAGUGAAUGUGCUGGAUAAAAAUGAGAAAUCUUGUUCUGUUCGGGUGUUUGCUGAUCGCUUUCGUUGUCCUUGAUGUCACGGGAUGUACUGUGACCGCCAACGACGAUACCAAACUACUCGACACGCUUUUGGCAGAUCCCUCGUCCGUUACAGCGGAAAACGAUAAGGAGUUAAGUAUCGACGACAUUUACGUGGAGUGCAAUAAGAGUUUCAUCAUCUCUAUGGAUUACCUGAACGAACUGAAUGAUACCGGCAGUUUUCCAGACGAAACAGAUAAAACUCCUAUGUGUUUUAUACGAUGUUUCCUGCUGAAAAAUGGUAUAUUGACCGACGAUGACAAGGUGAACAAAGAACGUGCCCUCAGCAUUGAUUGGGUCAAAAACGGGGAAUCUAUUGAUGAUUGUUUGCAAGAAAUGACGGGAAAUCCUUGCGAACGAGCCUAUUUCCUUACCAGAUGCGUCACUAUUAGGCGGCUGGUCGAUGACAGGAGCAGAGACAACAAAAGAAAAUAACUCUACUUGAUGUUCCUACCAUUGCUAUAACUUAUUGUAAUAAAUAGUUGAGAGACAUUCAAUAA